CACAAGAAAGCUAUUACCCAGAAUGUUAAUGGGUUUUCAGCUAUUAAGAUGUAAUGAUAUACCUUGAGUAUUUAACUAUAAAUUUGAAAAAUCUCCAUGAACAAUCUCAAAGGAAUACUUAGAAUGCAGUCCUGGGGAUCGAAAGUUGUGGAACUAUAAUUUGUGACAUCAGUGGCUUUUUUGAUAAGCAGCUGUUCUUGAUUUUGGAAGAUUGAGGCAGACAGGAAGCCCCAUCCCAAGUAAGAUACAGAAGAUACCAUGGAUGUAAAACUGGACCCUUCCAGAGAUGAUCUGCCUCUCAUGGCCAAUACCAGCCACAUACUUGUGAAGCACUAUGUACUGGAUGUAGAUGUGGAUUUUGAAAGUCAAGUCAUUGAGGGCACCAUCGUGCUUUUCUUUGAGGAUGGAAACAGAUUCAGGACACAGAAUAGUUCCACCAAAGAAACCCAGCAAUUGGAGUCAAACGAAGCCUGCAAGUUUAGGACGCCUGGAUCCUGUCAUAUCCCUGUGACAAGCACAAGGACCUUCUCAUCUGAAAUGGGAUGUAAUGAUUUUGUAAUCUGUAGUAAAGGUGAAAAAGAUACUUCUGAUGAAGAUGGUAACCAUGACAACCAGGAACAGGCUUCUGGGACUUCUAGCUCAAAGUACUGCUGUGACACCGGGAAUCAUGGGAGUGAGGAUUUUUUGCUAGUGUUGGACUGCUGUGAUUUAUCCGUGUUAGAGGUUGAGGAGGUGGAUGUUGCUGCAGUGCCAGGUAUUGAACAAUUUACAAGGCCUCCCAAGCUCACUGUCGUUUCUGAGCAACUCAGGAAUCAGAUUGUACAUGAACUUGCGACUCUGCCUGCAGAUCGUUGGAGGGAGCAGUUAGACUAUUACGCUCGCUGCAGCCAGGCUCCUGGCUGUGGGGAGCUCUUCUUUGACACUGACACUUGGAGCUUACAGAUCAGGAAGACAGGCUGUCAGACACCUACUGACUUUCCUCAUGCCAUCAGGAUACGGUACAAAACCAAACCCGAGGGGCGAUCAGUUACGUGGACCUCAGACCAGAGUGGCAGGCCAUGUGUUUAUACUAUGGGAUCUCCCAUAAACAACAGGGCCCUUUUUCCAUGCCAGGAGCCACCCGUUGCCAUGUCAACAUGGCAGGCUACAGUUCGAGCAGCUGCAUCUUUUGUUGUUUUAAUGAGUGGAGAAAACUCUGCCAAGCCAACACAGCUUCGGGAAGGGUGCUCAAGCUGGCAUUACUAUGUAACCAUGCCAAUGCCAGCCUCCACCUUCACAAUUGCAGUGGGAUGCUGGACAGAAAUGAAGUUGGAUACAUGCUCAUCAAGUGACCUGGCAGCAGAGAGACCCUUUCCACUUUCCGAUUCUGACUGCAGAUAUGUUGACGUUUGCAGUCACAUGGAAUACCCCUGCCGCUUCCAGAAUGCUUCUGCCACCACCCAGGAGAUCAUUCCACAUCGAGUCUUUGCCCCGACGUGCCUCAAGGGUGCCUGCCAAGAGACCCUUCUGCGGCUGAUCUCCCCUUGCCUCUCAGCAGCACAUUCUAUCCUGGGAACACACCCCUUCUCCCGGCUGGAUAUACUCAUUGUCCCUGCCAACUUUCCAAGUCUGGGGAUGGCCAG